AUGGAGUUCCUCUAUAUCUUCUUGCUGGUGCUGUGUGGCUUGGCCUUUCUUGCUGGGGCGCCAUUGAACAGCUACGUCCUCUUCGUCACCGGCUGCCGUGUGGAGAGGACGGCCAGCGCAGUGUGGCUCCUGAACCAGGCCGUGUCCGAUUUAAUAUUCACAGUGUGCCUGCCCCUCAGACUCACCUUCUUCCUGCAUGUGGACUGGGCCAGAAGGCUGAUCAGCACCAUCACCUCCCUGCACAUGUUCUCUAGCGCCUUUCUCCUCAUGGCCAUCAGCGUCCAUCGCUGCGUCCUCGCGGCACAGCCUGAGUGGGCCCAGAAAUGCCGCACGCCCUGCCUGGCCUGCUGGGUGGCUCUAGGCACUUGGGCCCUGUCUGCUGGGUUCAGCUUGCGGUACGGUGACCUCUGGGAAUCCCUUGUCACACCUGCCAACACCAGCAUGAAUUUCCAAGUGGAACUAGAGAGGGCCAAGGCCUCAGUCGCCAUCCAGUUCCUGGUCGGCUUUCUGGUCCCAUUAGUCUUGAGCCUGAUCCCAACCUUCUGCAUCGUUCUCGCUGCCAGGCUGGGAAGGAACCGGCUGAUUCAGGCCACCCAGCCCCUCAAGAUCCUUCUUGGCUUCAUUCCAACCUUUUUCCUCUGCUGGCUUCCCUAUCACGUCUUCUAUUUCCUGCAGCUCUCAGCUAUGCGCUCAUGGCCUCUUCUGGAAAUAGAGAGCUCAUUUGCUUGUAUCCUGUCAUAUGUCAACAGCUGCCUCAACCCCAUCUUCUACCUCACCAUGGAGGAAGAGUUUCUGAGAUACCAGCAACGUGCUCACCACCCCCACACCACCAACCACUCAGGGCUGGAACUGGGCAACUAG